AUGGCGCGGUGGGCGCUAGCGGCUCUCGCCGCUCUAGCGCUCUCGACCGUGCACGCUUACCUUAUCAUCGUCCCUGACACCGCACCACCGGGCCACGUCGUUUUAGACGCAGCUGUAUACAAACUGGGCUCUGAACGCACUUAUACUAUCGACGUACACAGAACUGCUAACUUUGUUCAUCACAUUCUUCGAGUUAACAGAACGUCUGGUCUCGUCACAUUAAGAAAGAAACUAAGAUGUGAUGGCGUCCUCUACCCAAAUUUAUUUACUUUCUACGUAGACUCUACGUCUGAACGAAUUCGAGAUAUUGACUACUACAGUCUACCAAUCAGAGUUUUAGUGGCCGGAGAAGAUUGUAGUCGGCGACAUGCUGAUUUAUACGAUAUUGAUUUUGAUCGUGUUUACGAUCAAAACGAUGCCGCUCUUCAGUAUGAGGAUGACCAUCCUAGAGAUAAAAGAGAAAUUAGUUAUUCAGAAAGUAUAGAUUGGAGAUUAUUAGAAGAGAAUGAGUUGGGUUCUAGUCAAUAUAGCGUAUUGUCAACGGCUUAUCCAUGGUCAAACGCAAUGUUCGAGGAUUAUGUAGUUACAAAUAAAAGUAGAAUAAAGCGAUCUCCGUUAGUGCCAUUUGAUAUGGCAAUAGACGUGAAAAUAGCUGAAGCAAAACAAUGGAUUUCAGAAACGUACGCUAGUUUUGCUAUACCAACAACAGACCGGUGGAACGGCAUUUGCUUAAAAAGAUCUCAAUUCGUAAAUUCUUUAACCGCAUUCCUGCCUAGAACUGUUCAAAAAAAAUGUAGAGUUCAAUUCUUAGAUGUAAGUGAUCCGCGUUUUGUUAUUGAGAACAGUCAAGGUGAUUUAGUGGCUAGCAAUGAUGUGUGUAUUCUAGAGCCGAUGUGGAAAGUGUCUAUACUCUUUACGUUUAAUUGUGAACGGACUAACAUUGUGGACUCAGAUCAUAGGUUGAAAAUAGUGUAUCAUCAUCAAGAACUCAACGACACUGAUAUAGCGAAACGCGUUAAACGCGAAUUACGAAAUCAAUCUCCUUACUUCGAGCAAGCUUUGUAUGUAGCAUCUGUGGCUGAAGAGCAACCGCCAGGAGUAAUAGUUACAACCGUACGAGCUCGCGAUCCAGAAAAUAGUCCAGUCACAUACUCCAUGUCGAGUCUUCUAGACUCUAGAUCAGCUGGUAUGUUCGCUGUGGACACAAGGACUGGUGUAAUCACAACUCAAGCUCGCUUAGACAGAGAGAGGCUCGACGUGCAUUACUUCAGAGUUGUCGCUCAGGAUGAUACGUUCCCACCGAGAAGCGGUACCACAACGCUUCAGAUCAACGUGUUGGACUGCAAUGAUCACGCUCCUAUUUUUGAAAUGCAACAAUAUGAGGCGUCUGUUAGAGAAGGCGCAAGCCCUGGUACAACAGUUUUAACUCUUAAAGCAACGGAUCAGGAUAUAGGGAAGAACGCUGAGGUUGAAUAUUCUAUUGAUUCAGUAAAAGCGGAAACAUUAAAUCCGGAAGACUUUAACGAAUCUAUAGAUUCAGGUAUAGAAGCAGACGCUCAAGACGUAUUUAGGGUGGACGGUAGAAGUGGCGCAUUACUGACGCGUUCAACGCUGGAUAGAGAAAAAGUUUCGAGAUACACAGUUAUAGUGAAGGCUACGGAUCAAGCGAGUCCGUUAUCCGAUAGAUUGUCAAGCAGCGCAACUAUCCAUGUUAACAUUUUGGAUGACAAUGACAACUACCCACAAUUUAGUGAGAAAACUUACACCGUGAAUGUGGAUGAAGAUAUUAGUGUCAGCGACAACCCUGUCAUUGCCAGGAUUAAAGCAACAGAUGCAGAUGUCGGUGCGAAUGCAGCUAUUCGGUAUGCAAUCAUCGGUGGAAACACUCAAAUGCAGUUUUCAAUAGACAGUCUAAGUGGAGACGUUUCAUUGGUAAAACCUCUUGACUAUGAACAAGUGCGAAGUUACCGACUGGUGAUAAGAGCUCAAGACGGUGGCAGUCCAUCUCGCUCGAACACCACACAACUGUUAGUGAAUGUAAAGGACGUGAAUGAUAACCCGCCGAGAUUUUACACGUCGCUCUUCCAAGAAUCGGUCAGCGAAAGCGUUCCUGUCGGUUAUAGUAUUGUUAGGGUGCAAGCCUACGACGCAGACGAAGGAGUCAACGCGGAACUGACAUACACACUGGCAGAUAAAGAAUACAACGGCAAUAAUGAUCUACCCAUUACGAUUGAUCCUCGCUCAGGAUGGGUUUAUACCUCGGGGCAGUUAGAUCGAGAAGUGCAAUCAAAAUAUCAACUUCAGGUAACAGCAACGGAUAACGGGUCACCACCUCGAUCAGCGACAGCCUCAGUAGUGGUUGUGAUACAAGAUGUGAAUGACAACGAUCCAGUCUUCUCUCCGCCACAGUAUGAAGUGGAAUUAGCAGAAGACGAACCCCCUGGAACACCGGUGGUCACUGUGACUGCGACGGAUGCGGAUGAGGAUAAUAGAUUACAUUACGAAAUAACAGGAGGUAAUACGAGAGGGAGAUUCUCGAUAACGUCUCAAAAUGGCCGCGGUCUAAUAACCGUUGCUCAGCCUUUGGAUUUCAAACAAGAAAGACGAUAUGUUCUCACCGUCACUGCUACGGAUUCAGGAGGAAGAUCUGAUACAGCCAUGGUCCAUAUAAAUAUCACUGAUGCUAAUAACUACGCGCCGGUGUUCGAAAAUGCACCUUAUACGGCUUCGGUGUUCGAAGAUGCUCCAGUAGGCACAACAGUCCUAGUGGUAUCAGCAACCGACAGCGAUGUAGGAGUAAACGCACAAAUAACAUACACACUGAGUUCGGAAAUAUCUAACGAAGCGGUCGCUCACCAUGAACAAGAGUUCCAUAUUAAUCCGCAAACUGGGGCUAUUACGACGAAUAAGCCACUCGAUAGAGAAACUAUGAGUGGCUAUCUCCUAACAGUAACAGCGCGUGAUGGCGGCGUGCCGUCCCUCUCGGACACUACGGACGUGGAGAUAUCAGUAGUGGAUGUGAACGAUAAUGAGCCGGUGUUCAAACAACAGCUGUAUACUGCUACAAUUAUGGAAGAUGCUUUAGUUGGUACAUCUGUGACCCAAAUUAGUGCAACGGACGCCGAUGUUGGUUUAAACGGUAGAGUGCAUUAUGAGUUAGAAACGAAAGACAGAGAGGAAGGUUCCUUCGUAAUCGAUCCUGCUUCAGGGGUGAUAAGGACUAACAAGGCUUUGGACCGCGAGUCGGUCGCUAUAUACGAUCUAAAGGCGUUAGCGAUAGACGGGGGCACCCCGCCACAAAGUUCUACCGUAAUAGUCCACAUAAAGGUGGAAGAUAUCAAUGAUUCUCCGCCGGUAUUCGAAAGCGAUUGUCUUACAUUUUACAUUCCUGAGAACAGUCCAAUAGGAACAACAGUGGGCGAGAUAUACGCUCGUGAUCCUGAUGAAGGAGCUAAUGCAGUCGUUCAUUAUUCUAUUAAAGGUGGAGAUGAUUCAAACAGCUUUUCCCUCGAAACUCGUCAAGGCUCGGACAAGGCAGAAUUAGUCACGAUGGUGGACCUCGAUUAUGAAAGUCCGAGAAAGAAAUACGAGCUUGUCAUUCGAGCAGCGAGUCCGCCAUUAUGGAAUGACGUCAGGGUGGAAAUAUUAGUAACAGAUAUGAACGAUAAUGCACCUAUGAUGAAGGAUUUUCAGAUUAUAUUCAAUAAUUAUAAGGACUGUUUUCCCGUGGGACCUUUUGGGAGAGUGCCGGCCUAUGAUGCUGAUGUUACUGAUAGACUUCAAUAUCGUAUUCUAUCUGGUAACAAUGCGAAUUUGGUACUCCUAAAUGAAACUACUGGUUCAAUGACCUUAUCGCCUCAGUUAAACACAAAUGUUCCAAAACUAGCUACAAUGGAAAUAUCAGUAACAGAUGGUGUUAACGAAGUGAAAGCAGUAAUGCAACUUCUGGUAAGACUGAUAACAGAAGAAAUGUUGUUCAGUUCGAUAACGGUUCGCUUAAACGAUAUGACGGCAGAGCAGUUUCUCUCUCCCUUACUUGGAUUUUUCAUUGACGGCCUAGCAGCUAUUAUACCAUGCCCUAAAGAAAAUAUUUAUGUGUUCAGUGUACAAGACGAUACAGACGUAACGGGCAACAUACUGAACGUGUCGUUCUCAGCGCGGCGGCCCGACGCCGAGCUCGGCGCCGGCGGCGACGCCUCCCCGUACUACUCGCCCACGCACCUGCGCGAGCGAGUGUACCUGCACCGCGCCACGCUGGCCCGCCUGGCGACUGUACAGGUCCUUCCAUUCGACGACAACAUUUGCGUACAUGAGCCAUGUCUGAAUUACGAAGAGUGUCUAACAGUACUGAAAUUUGGAAAUGCGUCGGGUUUCAUACACAGUGACUCAGUGCUCUUUCGUCCAAUAUAUCCUGUGACAACAUUUACUUGUAAAUGCCCGCAAGGGUUUACCGGUUCCCGAGAUCACUAUAUGUGUGACACAGAAGUCGACUUGUGUUAUUCAUCGCCGUGUAAAAACAACGGAACGUGUAUACGUCGAGAGAGCGGUUAUACCUGCGUCUGUGGCGCGGGAUUUACAGGAGUAAAUUGCGAAACGAUUCUAACCAAAGCAACAUGCGACAUGAACGGUGACGGCAGCAUAUGCCGCAGCGGGUCCCAGUGCGUCGCCAGGAAAGAGGGCGGGAUCUUGUGUCAGGGGUGUACGAUAGACGCGGCGUAUACGACGGCCGUGUGUGAACUGAAAGCUAGGAGUUUUCCUGCUACUUCGUUCUUGACUUUCGCUGGAUUGAAAAAGCGACACCGAUUUCAUUUGAAAUUAAAGUUCGCAACCCAAAGCACGUCAGGUCUGCUCCUCUACAACGGGCGGUACAACGAGCGCCACGACUUCAUAGCGCUGGAGACGGUGAGCGCGGGCGCGGGGCGCGGCGGCGGCGCCGGCCUGCGCUUCAGCUUCGCGCUGGGCGGCGGCCGCAGCGACCUCACCGUGGAGGGGCGCGUGGCGGACGGCGGCUGGCACACUGUCGAGGUCGACUACUUUAAUAGGACAGCGACGAUUAUAUUAGACGAGUGCGACAAAGCUCUAUCUCUAGCGGGUGCUGCAGAUUUUGGUGUUAAGUAUGCGUGCGCUAAUUUCACUAAGAAAGAACUGCCUCCACGCUGUGAUAACCCAACGGAAACCUGUCACAGAUUCCUCGAUCUCACCGGACCAUUGCAAGUGGGCGGACUGCCGAACAUCCCUAGCAGCUUUCAAGUGAAGAACAAAGAUUUUGUUGGAUGUAUAUCUGAUUUAUACAUCGAUUAUAAGUUCAUCGAUUUAAAUAGUUACGUAGCAGAUAACGGCACAAUAGCCGGCUGUCCAGAGAAGCGUUCUCAGUGUAGCAGCGCGCCUUGCUACAACGACGGGGAGUGCCUCGACCUGUGGGACACCUUCCUGUGCAAGUGUAACGAGGGGUACACCGGGAAGGAUUGUGCUGAAUCAACAACGCCCCCAUGGCGGUUCAGCGGGGACGGCAUGUUGUCCUUCAACCCGCUACUGAGGCCCAUACAGCUGCCGUGGCUGAACGCGCUGUCGCUCCGCACGCGGCAGCAGGAUGCCUUCCUCAUGUCCGUGCAAGUGGGGCAGAACAGCUCGGUCAUUGUUACUCUAAAAUCCGGUCUUCUCCAUUACUCCUACAAUGGAGAAACUAUGUUCUUACCGUCGACCACUUUGGCGGACGGCUCCUGGCAUCGUAUUGAGAUCAAAUGGCUCGGAACCGAUAUCUCAGUCAGCAUUGACUAUGGGUUAAGGAACGCCUUAUUACCGAUGCUAGCAAAUAAAAUACAAGGACAAUAUAUUGGCAAGAUACUUAUUGGUGGUCUCGAUACUACAGCAGGAAUACUCGCGUCAGAUGUCGGGUACUUUGAAGGAUGUAUUCAGGAUGUACGUGUUGGAACAGCUCAAUCUUUACUAAAUCGGCCAACAGUUAGGGAAAAUGUGCGAGAUGGAUGUCAAUCACGGGCCGACUGCAUGCUGUCUAUCUGUCCACCUUUUAGCAAGUGCACGUCGAGCUGGGACAGCACGGAGUGCGAGUGCGCGGCGGGGCGCGUGGGCCCGCAGUGCGCGGCGGCCUGCGAGCUGCGGCCGUGCGGCGCGCGCGCGCGCUGCGAGCCCGCCGCCGCGCCGCGCGGGUACCGCUGCGUGUGCGACCAGGGAUAUGUUAUGACUGCGGAGGGGUGCGUGGCGGAGGGGCGGCAGGAGUGCCCGGGCGGGUGGUGGGGGCGCGCGGGCGCGUGCGGGCCCUGCGCCUGCGCCGCGCCCGGCCUGCACCCGCACUGCGACGCGCGCACCGGCGGCUGUCACUGCAAGGAGAACCACUACCAGCCGGCGGGGUCGUCGCAGUGCGCGCCGUGCCAGUGCUACGCGGCGGGCUCGCUCAACGGCUCGUGCUCGCCGGCGGGCCAGUGUUACUGCCGCAGCGGCGUCAUCGGCCGCGCCUGCGACUCCUGCGCCAACGUCUAUGCCGAGGUCACGCCUAGUGCUGGAUGUAAAGUAAUUUAUGACGGAUGCCCGAGAUCCUUCGCGGGUGGUGUUUGGUGGCCGCAAACUAAAUUUGGAGUUGAAGCUGUAACCGAUUGUCCUGCAGGUUCAAGUGGCAAAGCAACGCGUACUUGUGAUGAAAGUCGAGUGAUCCCAUGGAAUGAGCCUGAUAUGUUUAAUUGUACCACAUCAACAUUCUAUCAAUUAAGGAAACAACUCCAUAAAAUAGAAACAGGAGAAUUACAAGUGAACACAUUCGUGGGUGUACGUUUAGCUGAAGACUUAGCUUCCGCUUGUUCCAACACGCCUACAUUGUAUGGGGCUGAUGUGUUGGUAGCAGAAGGCAUUUUGUUAGAACUUAUCCAGUAUGAAUUGAAACAAGGUGGUUUAAACCUUACACAUAGUCAAGAUAAGGAUUACGUUCGCAAUAUAUUAAAAUCAUCCAACACGAUAUUGGACAAUCGAUACAGUAAAGAGUGGAAUCGUAUAAGGGAGCUAACAGGACGGGGUGUGGAACACUUGUUGCAGCAGUUUGACAAAUACAUAGCGGUACUUGCUGAGAGUCAACACGAUACUUAUACUAAUCCUUUUGAAAUCGUCACAUCAGAUUUAGUAAUUGGUGUGGAUAUAGUAACAGCAGAAUCAAUUUACGGCUUUGAACCCACUACCCUAAACCAUUACGGCGACACAUACACCACAGAACGAGUUGUUCUACCGGACACCUCAUCGUUUAUACACUCACCAUUACAAACGCCGGGCUAUUAUGGUAUCAAAGCAAAGAAUAGGAAACCCUCGAGUCCCACAGUUUCGUUCCCAAAAUAUAAUAACUAUGUCAAAAAUAAAAAUAAGUUCGAUAAGUUCUCAAGAGUUCUACUGCCUUUGGAUUUAAUUGGGAUCAAUAAUGCUCAAGAAAACCUAGAAACAAAUUACGAAUCUCGAGCAGUAUUCUCCUAUCUCCAAUACUCAAGGAACACAUCACAACUUAUGCCUUUGAGAAUGGACGAGUCGGUCAGUCGUCGGUGGGGAGUGAACAUUACUAUCGGCUCUCCGAUACUACAAGUUGCAUUGUUUGUGCCUGAAUAUGUGUGGUUUAGAGAGACUAAAGAUAACGAGGAUGGGGAUAAUGGCGAUUUUGAGGGUAUUGUAUACAAUAAUAAGGGCCAACCACACCCGACUGCCAAUCAGAAUACAAAUAACGUUCAUCCAAAACAUAACACAUGGCCUCAAGCAGACGACGAUAUUGCUAUCGACAACCACGGUCCAGUCGUCAUACAACCAGCUUACAAAAAACAAGAAAAACCUUAUAUCAAUGAUAAUUUCCAAGAAAACGAUUCGUCAUACGUCGCAGAGAGAGUCGAAAGUUCAGAUGGACCAAAAGUAAUGGCCUUAGUCAUGGACAAUGAGGCGAAAAAAGAUAAUUCAUCCAAAGAGGUUAUGAAGAAAAAGUUGUUAUAUAAAAGCUUGAAUGGAGUGAGAUUGAAGAAACCCAUAAGAUUGCAAAUGUGGUUGGAUAUUAAUAGAGAGACGUUCGGGUCGAGGACAAAUCCGCAAUGUGUUCAUUGGUCUACAUUGAAAGGUGAAGGGGAGUGGUCCCGCGUCGGGUGCCACACUGAGAUCGACUACGACUGGUCGCCGUAUUCCAAUGACCCGUUACUUAUAAACUGUACCUGUAACCAUCUAUCGACGUUUGCCGUUUUGGUCGACGACGUUGAUAUUGAGUUCAUUCCAGAACCGUCGUUAUUAGAAUCAGUGACGUCAUACACAGGGUUCAGUAUAUCGCUACCGCUACUGAUGUGGACGUGGGCGGCGCUCUGCCUGAUGCGGGGCGGCGCCGCGACCGUCUCAAACUCUAUACACAAACAUCUGAUAUUCUGCGUGUUCAUGGCCGAGUUGUUGUAUCUGAUAGCCUUGAAGGCUCGGACCUCGUUAGUGCAGAAUGAGUUCGCGUGCAAGCUGAUAGCGAUGUCGCUGCACUACUGGUGGGUGAGCGCGCUGGCGUGGGCGGCGUGCGACGCGUGGCAGCUGCGGCGCCUGCUGCGCGAGCUGCGCGACGUCAACCACGGCCCGCUGCUGGCGCAGCUGGCGGCCGCCUACGCCGCGCCCGCCGUGCUGCUCGCGCUCGCCGCCGCGCACCACCAGCACCAGUACGGGAACGCGCUUUUUUGUUGGGUGAGCUGCCACGAGGCAGUGGUGUGGUGGGUUGUGGUCCCGGCGGGCGUGUACGCGGGCGCGGCCGUCGUGUUCCUGGCGGGCGCCACGCGCGCCGCCUUCACUGUGCGCGACCACGUUAUUGGCUUUGGGAAUUUGAGUUAUUACAGAAUGCUGCUGGCGGUGAGCAUCGCGUGCCUGCCGCUGCUGUGCGCGGCGUGGGCGGCGGCGCUGGUGCUGGGCAGCGAGGCGGGCGCGCGCCGCGCCGCGCUCAGCUCCGCGCUGGCCGCCGCCGUGGCGCUGCACGCCGCCGCCGCCUCGCUCGGGUACAUCGCCUUCAACAUACGCGUGCGGGAUAAUCUCAAGAGAACGAUUCUCAGAUGUAUGGGCAAAAAGGUGCCACUUGCGGAUACGUCAGUUAUAAUCAGUACAAGUGCUCAAAAUCUAUCACAAGUCAACAGGUCAGCUCUGGCAUACCACAGCAGUACAGAGCCAGGUCGCCAACUCCGCAAUAUCGGUAUCUCCGCGUCCUCCACCACUUCGCGCUCUACCACUAAGACUAGUUCAAGCCCUUACAGUCGCAGUGACGGUCAACUGCGUCACACCAGCACUUCCACCUCCAACUACAACACUAGCGCUAGCGACAUGCCGGCGUAUUUAAGAGGGUUCGACUCGUCACUGCAUACCCGAAAAGAUGAGGAGAGCCGUCGCCGCGCGCCGCGCGCCGCGGCGGAGGGCGCGGACGGCUCCGACAGCGAGAGCGAGGCGUCGGCGCGCUCGCUCGACCUCGCCUCCAGCCACUCCUCCGAUGACGAAGACACCUCGAGGAGGUCCAGCCACCCGCCCUCUGCUCAUCGUGAUAGAGGAACAAACAACACGGGUGGCAACUACCUGCCCAAUAUCACCGAGGGCGCGCCUCUAGCAAUGUCGCCUCGCUGGCCCUCGCAUAUUAGAGAAGAAUCAAACCGCCCAGACAUGGGUCGUUGGUCACAAGAGACGGGUUCCGAGGAAGGAAUGAACCCGGGACCAGCGACACCGUCACCAAACCCACUACCCAACCCAGAUCUCACAUCAGACGUGUAUCAACUAAGCCGACAUAGACUUAAGCCUUCGAUACUGGAAAAUGUUCAUGAUACAUACGUCGCUAGUGUAGACGCCUCAAGAUUGCCGCUCGAUAAUAGAUAUGGCGUAAUGGAAGACGAACUAAUGUAUGGAGUGAUGCCCAAUGACGCAGACAAACAAGUGCCAUACGAUCCCAACUACCCCAUCUCCCCCACCAUGUACAGGCUACCGACCAACCCUUACGGCUCGAAAACAUAUUUAUCUUCAAGAACAUCGGACUACGGUUACAGUCCUACGAAAUAUCUAAACACUGAUCCCAAUUUAUACGGAUCCCGGGAUUUUCGGGAUUCGACAGUGACCCCGCGGGAACACGACGGAUAUCCGUCACGGGAUUUCAGAGAUUCCGGGAUAGCAACAAUGCUAAAGAACGAUUAUCAAAGGAAAAUGGAAGGUCAAUAUGAUUAUAGUGACAGAAUGUCGGACGGGUCGGAAAAACAUCAUCCUCAUGAUAAAUAUUUAUUCCCGUAUACAGCGGAGGAAGACCACGCGAGCGCGCGCGCGCCGCGGUCGCCGCAACGCCUUAAUAGUGCCCAUACAGGCGAUAGUCAACAACAAAUGGGAGCGCCAUUAGCGAGUAUGGGAGAGACGAGCGAGAAAUCUACUACUGAAGACGACGCAGAAACGAGGGUU